AUGGCACCGCUUUUGGUUCAGGCUGUCAUGAAGCUGUCGCUGGUGUGCAUGGUUGCAGUAACGGUCCUUUGCCUCGUCCGAUCUGGAGAGGCGGAAGAUCUGGACCCGAGAGCAGGGCCCCAGGCCACAGAGGAGUAUGAAAGGCUCCGAUUCAAGGAGGACUCACCGCUUGUGCUUUAUCUGGCCACGGUGGAAAUGCUCAUUUGCGGGUCCUGCGCUGCAACUGCAGCUGCCAUGUACUCACGCCAAGGGCAUCAACUGAGGCACCCUGCAGAGCAGGAGCAGUCGGCUCUUUUCACGAAGGUCGAACUUUGCAAAGAUCCCGGCUUGGAGGACUGCCAGCUCUACGGCCUUGGAUUUCGUCCGAGCUCCGAUGGUUUGGAGUGUCUGGUGGUGGAGGACAUUCGUAGAGGUUCCUUGCUGGACCGCUGGAAUCAUCGCAGCCAUGACCUUUCCCCAGAGGAACUUGUCGAGCAGGCCUUGGGCGAAGAGCACGCUGGAGGAGGCGAAGGCGGAGGUGCUUCGCCUCAGACAAGGCGGGCCACGCCGGCCAAGGUGGCGCUGGGCUCCGCGGUCGUGGCGGUGAACGACGUGUACGCCGAUGUGGGCUUGAUGCAGCAGCAACUCACCAAACCACACGUUACACUCUGGGUGCGGCGGGAAGAUGACGGCCUCCACCCGAGCGAGCUGGAUGCAGGUGUUUUCGGUGCGGAGGUUCCUCCUGUGGCGACGACUGCAGGUCCCGUUUCCACUCUGGGAGCCGUGGAAGAAGGGGCUCCGGCUGGCGGGCAGCCUGCGGCAGCUCCACGAGUGGCUUGCCUCGCCAUGGAGGACGAGGAAGCACAGAUCCUCAUGCGCUGGACGGUCUGCGGCAUCAUGUUCGGAUGGGUGACGUUGCUCCCGGUUCUUCUGAUGCAGCCUCACGAAGAAAGGCCUCGGCAGCAGCUCUUUCGACAAUUUUUGCUGAAGCCCUGCUUGUUCUUGUUGCCCCUUUGGAUGCUCUUGUGGCUUCUGGACUGUCUUCAGCUGCUCUUCAUGAUUCAAAUCAUUCACCCCUUCUACUACUUCGCGUUUUGCCACACGGUGAUUCCAGCCGUCCUGGUUUGGUAUCUCUUCGCCAUGCAGGCCACGGAGGAGCGCAUCGUGCUUGAUCAGCGGCGAUCGCGCCGUGCAGAGGAGAAAGACGCAAGUUGCGGUGCUGCCAUGGCCCCUUUGAGCGUGGUGGAAGACCCAGCUCCGGUGCUCCUCAAGGAGCUCAUCACCCUGAAUCCCGUGGCCAUGCUUGGGCUCGGCACCUGCGCUUCCAUCCCAAUCCUCCUCUGCUCGCUCUUCACUGUGUUCCAGACCAGGCGGGCAAGACAUGCUCAGGGCUUUGUGAAUCUCAUCUACGGCCUGCUGACAAUCUUUCAGCUGGCCUCCCUGUACCUCCUCUACCACCUGCGCUUCGCUCAGCUCCCGGAGAUGUAUCUGGCGGCUUUCUACUUCCUGAUCUCCAUCCCCUGCUUCGCCGUUUGGUGCGUCUGCUUGGCUUGUGCCAACCACUUUGCCAAGAAGGACGUGCAGCUCUGCCAGUCGCAAAGGAUCGAGCGAGCCAAGGAGGCGUUGAAAGCGACGCCGGCCUCUCUCUCGAUCUCGGCGGGGGGCGAAGCGUUGGAGCAGGCGCUCCUGGUCGACUGUACCGAGGCGAUCACGCGCGAGUAUGAGCUUAUCUACACCGCAUGA